CAACCUUUGCUUCGUGUCAUUAACCUCAGAUCUAUCAUCGAUGUUAGGAGGGUGUGUGUUUGAGGUUAAAGUGUUGACAGUAUAGAAGGUUGCAGACAGAAGAAUUUAAUACAUAAGCCAAAACUACCCUGAGCACUGAUGUCUAGUGUAUUCGAUAUUAAUGCUGCAAGUGACAGACUUGUACCUGCCAGUACAAUGGAAACAAAAUUUGUUUUCACAUAUCCUUCCUGGACGAUUAAGUUCGAUUACAAGCUUGAAGUGCCAAUUUAUGUCCCAUUUUCGGGGACUGCUGAAGAACUCGGCGAACGAUUAAUGGCAUUCUUCAACUUGCCAAGUAAUGCUGAGGAAGAUCUGACUGCAGCCCUCAAAAUGUUUCUGGAAGAGAAAACACAGAUGUUUUUUGAUAAAAUGGGAGAUAAAGUGGUUACAGUGGCGAAAGAAGGUGACACAGAUGUUGAAGAUGUAAUUAAGACAUGGGAGAAAUCUUUCAAAACAGAGACUGUGGAAUAUUCAGAGCCUGAAGGAGCAACAGAUGAAGAACUGUUUUCUGCUGUCUAUCACAAAUUAGUUCAUUCUCCAGCAUUGGAGCCGAUUUUGCAAGUAGAACAUUCCUAUGCACUUGCUGUUCAUGAACUUACUCUUCAGAGGGAAGAACAAGUUGAAGGUCUAACAACAAUGCAAACUGAAGAAAUGGCUCAGGCUAUAGAAGGAGUUCCUUUUCCAAAUACAGAACAUCAAAUAAAUGAAAUGGCAGCUUCACAUUUUGAAGAGCAGAACCUGUUGCAAGGCAAAUGGAAUAGUGAAAUCGACACACUUAAGGAAGAUCAAAGGAAAGAAUAUCGGGACUGGCUUAUGAAGAUGUUGGAGGACAAUCAAACAAAUGUGAAUGCUCCAAGCAUUGUAAAUACUCCACGCACAUUCAACAAAGGUGCUCACGAAGAUAAGCUGCCUAUGCCAAGACUAGAGGAAAGUUUCACCAUACACUUAGGCUCGCAGAUGAAACAGAUGCACAAUAUAAGAAUUUUAUCCGCUGAUGUGCUGGAUUUUUGUCGGGUGAAGCUUCAGAGUUCAGGAAAUCUUGAUCCUCAGCCACAGCGCUUGCAGACUGCUCUAGCCCUUUAUUCCAGUGACUUAUGUGGAUUAGUUGUACUGACAGAUAGCCAUAUUGGAGCGUUCACAGGAUUAACUAAAGAGCUCACUGGGGUCUGCCAGCAGUCAACAGAUUUCCAUUUUCCAUCAGUGGAUGAGCAGCUAGAGAAAAUAAAGGAAGAAGUUAAAGAAGUUGUAUCGUGGCGUAAUGCGCAUUGGAGUCAUGAUCACUUAGGGACACUAACAUCUACAGAACAGAUGUCUCGAAGGUUGGGGACAAAGAAUCUACAAACUGGUGAUGUGUACUUGACAAGACAUUCAAAUUUAGCUGAAGUCCAUGUUGUUUUCCAUAUGGUGGUAGACGAUUCCUUGAGAUCAAGUGACAUUAAUUCAAGACACCCUGUGAUUCUGGGGCUCCGGAAUAUAUUGAAAACAGCAUGUUCUAAUGAUAUAACUACACUUACUAUUCCAGUUCUUCUCAUGCAUGAGAUGACAGAGGAAAUGACAGUCGCAUGGUGUACAAAAAGAGCAGAGCUAGUUUUCAAAUGUGUGAAGGGGUUUAUGAUAGAAAUGGCAUCCUGGGGAGGCUCGGAACUGAAAAAUUUACAGUUUCUAGUACCAAAGGGUAUUUCAGAAGAAGUAUUCGGAACUCUGGCAACUAUGUUACCAAGCAUAUUUAGGGUUUCGAAUCCUCUGGUCUUCAAAGUAUCUUCAACACCCCACACACCGAAGAGCUCAUGACAAGUAGCAAAUGGAGAGAACUACACCAAUGACAGAAUAUUUAUACAAAGCAAAACUUGUUUCAGGUGGUGCCAUAAAGUCACUGCUUCACUGUCUGCGCACAUAGCAUUACUGUUCAUUUUGAAUGUGGUGGUAUGUGGAGAAAUGUUGAUAAUGUGGAAAUCAUGUAUUUACUAAAUUCAAAGGAAAAAUAUUUAUGUAAUGGUAUUUCAGAUUUUGUGCCUUGUACUUGUACAUACAGCAUCAUUGAAAGAUACUAAAGGCGAACACCAAAUAUUUGAAUAGUGAUCGUUAAAUAUGUUGUGCUCUUAAAAGUGGAUAUUACACUUAAUUAAAAACAAAAAAUAAUAGGAAUCUGAGAUCUGCUUUACACUUAAAAAGCCUUACUUAGAGAUUCUUUUGUAUUAAUCUCUCUCUCUCUCUCUCUCUCUCUCUCUCUCUCUCUCUCUCUCUCUCUCUCUCUCUCUCUCUUCCCCCCCCCCCCCUCUCCACUGAUAGUAUUCACUAUCUUCUCUUAAUGAUUUUCGAGUAACAGUCAUACACUUCAUAACUAUAGGUAUAUGUGCACCAUUUUCAGGUUGUUCCUGUUUUUAAUAAUCACAGUUUUAAGAGUUCAUUGUUUUCAUGUGUAAUUAAUCAUCUGCAAUGUUACAGCAUUUAAUUAUGUUAAUAAUAUAAUGAAAUAAUUGGAAAUUUAUAUAUGUUUGUUUUUCUGUAGUGGUUGACGAGGAAUUUUGUAUCUUACAGUAGCAAUUAGCAGCUAUUUGCUUACUGGAGGCUUUACAGCAGCGUUUCAAAAACUGAAGUUAAAGAUUCCAUAUAUGAAAAUAAAAACUGCUUAGCUUCCAAGAGGAAGAAGUUGCUGCAAUAUUAUCUUAAAUAAUAUGUCACUGUUAUGAAAUUUCCUAACAGUUUAAAGCUAUAUGCUAGACUGGGACUCACUCAUGAGACUUGGCUUUAGUGAGCAUUGCUUUCCCGUAAGGAAGCUUUAAACAAUGUAUGCUCCACUGUAGCUUGGAAAAACUCUUUUUGAGUUGACCACUUGGCUAUGACUGUCAUUCUCCUUUUCAGCCUGUACUCCAGAUGGGGUCAUUCAGAAAGGUAUGCCAGACACCUACUUUGAGAAUUUAGGAAGUAGGAAAGGAGUACUGGCAGAUGAGAGCUCUCAGCUCGGCCCUGAGUCAUAACUCAGUCACAAAAAACAUUGCAUGAGAAUAAGACAGAAGUCUAAGUUUGAGACCUGGUCCAAUAUUGCACAUGUUUCUCAUGUGUAUGUUACAGUGGUAGGACUAUUGUCCCCAAGACCAUUAGCGGUAACUAGGAUCCAGUGAAUAGUACAGUUUCUGACAGGCGAAGAAAAUGCUAUCACAUGUCCACAGGAAUGUUUUGUUCAGGAUGUGAUGAGUAGCAAUAUGUCCUCAUAUAGAUAUUUAUACUCAAUCAUGUGUUUUUCAUUCCUUUAUGAAAAGAGCAAUUUAUGUAUUCUUUUGUAAUUUGUUAGCCUCAUUGUUGAGGAAGCAGUUAUUCUUUACAUAAUUUAUGGCAAUUGUUUUUAUUAUAUAUUGUGAUAUAUAUAUAUUUUUUAUUAUUCAUGUAUUUUAUAACAUGGGAAUUACAUUCCAGGCUGAUUCUACUUAAUAAAAAGUACAAAUCAGCUGUGUUAGUGCGUCAAGUCUUUGGAUUCAUAUCUCAGAAGAUAGUAUUGCAUAAGAGAUUAUUCAGUCGAUGAUGUAUCUUACAAACCUGAAUAAAAUGUGCAAUCUGUAAUCCAGGUGUGUUACUUGUUUACUAGAAAAAUUGUUCUGCACUUGUUGAAUAUUUUAUACUAAUGUCUUCUUUAAUUAUAUUUUAAGUUGCUAUCAUUCAUUUCACACAUGGUAACUGCAACACAAAACUCUUUCUCACUAGACCUUUUAGAUAUGGAGCAAUAUGAUGCUAUGACGUAACACUGCUUGUUUUAAAUAUUAAAUCUGUUGCUUUUACUGCUUUGGCCCAACAUUUAUUAUGAAGAUUAUGCAGGGUGUAAAAAUAACCAUAUAUACAAAAUUUUAGUGUUUAUGGGACAUUAAAAAAAUGCUUUCUUGUGAUAAACAUUCAUGCCUAUGAGAAAAGAUCUAUGCAUGAAGCAUACUACUACUACUACUACUACUACUACCACCACCACCACCACCACCACCACCACCACCACCACUAUCACUGUCAUACCAUAGCGAAAGAUCUGUCAGAGAACCUGAGAAAAUUCUGUCCUAUGUCAAGUCACUGAGUGGGUCUAAGGCUUCCAUCCAGUCAUUUGUUAACCAGUCUGCUGUGGAUGUUAAAAAUAGCAAAAUGAAAGCCAAAGUUUCAAAUUUCACAUUCAAGAAUCGUUCAAGUAGGAGAAUAGUACAAACAUAACAUCAUUUGACCAGCAAACAGAAUCCUGUAUGGAUGACAUGGUAAUAAGCAUCCCUGGCUUAGAAAAACAACUGAAGGAGUUGAAAACAAAUGUAACCAGAUCUGGAUGAAAUCCUAAUUCAGUUUUUCAAAGAGUACUCUAUGGCACUGGUCCCUUACUAAGCUUGCAUUUAUCAUGAAUCUCUCUCGCCUAGUGCAGAGUUCCAUGCGAGUGGAAAAAAGUGCAGGUUACUCCUGUGUAUAAGAAGGGCAAAAGAAUGGACCUCUAAAAUUACAGACCAAUAUCCCAAACAUCGGUUUGCUGCAGAAUCCUCAAUUCACAUAUAAUAAAUUUUUUUGUGGCCAAGAAGCUUAUGUCCACGAAUCAGUGUGGUUUUAGAAAGCAUCGCUUGUGCUAAACUCGGAUUGCCCUUUUCUAACAUGAUAUACUGCAAACAAUGGAUGAAGUUCAACAGGCGGUUUCCAUACUUCUAGAUUUCCGGACAUUGUUUGACACGGUGCCCCAUUGCAGGCUGUUAAAGAAGCUACGAGCUGGAAUAGGUUCAUAGACAUGUGAGUGGCUCGGAAACGUCUUAAGUAAUAGAACCCAGUAUGUUGUUCUCAAUAGCAAGUGUUCAUCAGAUCCAAGGGUAUCAUCAGGAGUGCCCCGGGGAAUUG